UAGAAUUUUCUGUGAUGAAAGUGUGGCUUGGAUUUGUAGUCACCCCUCCAAGCUCCUGUGAUGCUAAAACACCUUUUGCAUUCCCUACUAAAGAAAAGCAUCUCCAGACUGAGUGAUAGUUUUAUCAUCAGACAUACCGUUUUGUAUGUAGGCGAAAAAGGUUGGUUUUUUUUGUUGCAUGAUCUGGCUAGACCACCCUCUUCCACAAGGUUGCAGUGUCCUCUACAUGGCGAGAGGCAAACUGCUUCAUUCAACAAUGACUUUGAUCCUGCUGCUUUUCCUCCCAGUUCAGACUGGACUAGUUCUCCAAUCAAUUCUCUUCUCCUAGCAUGUUAACUUUGGUGUGAUGUCAUUCUUUGGUAGGUUUGGAGUUGAGCUGUAACACAUCAACAUUUGGAGGACAAACUGAAAAGUGCUGUGUAGCAUGAUCUAAUUUACAUAGUUAUCAUAACCACAAUUUGCAUCUCUACUAUCCUAUUCUGUUGGACUAUAUCAAGAAAGCAAAGCAAGAACUAUUAACAAGAGUUCUGGAAUAAUGUUAAAGUAAGUCUUGUUUGCACUUUUGUUGUUCCCAACCUUACAUGUUAACUCCACUAGAUAAAACCCAGACUAGACUUUUUUAUGGUCUGUGUUGUUCCACUGCCUGCAUUAUUUCUAUGCCCUUAUCAGGAAGGACUGCAGACACUUGGUGUCAUGCCAGUCAAACUGGUUUCACUCCUCUGUUUUUAGGUACAUUUUAUGCAUUGUUGGGAAGGAAAUGGUGACUUAUCAUUUUAUUUUUUUUGUUGUGCAUGUUGUGAUUCUUGACAUUCCUCGACUAGCUUUUCAAAUAGAAACGAAAGGAAUUUUUUUUUUUUUUUUUUUUUACCCCAUUCGACAGUUACUGCCUCCCAUUUCUCAUUCACUGCUAAAUAUUCUGUAGGUUUUCUUUGCCGAGAUAAUAAAAUGUUCCCUUUUAUAAACACUGGCACAUGUAGAGAACUAGGCAUUUUAACAAAGGCAUGUGAUAAAUGUUUUCCUCCCUACAUGAACUUUCCUGUGUAUAAUGCCAGAGCCCUUCCCCUUUGUUUUCCGGGGAGGAGUGAUGCAAGUUAAAGGAAAUGUGGCCAGAAUGAGACAGAUGAGUAUCUGAGCUGCCUCAGGAGCGAACACAUCCAGGAAAAGGAAGUGAAGAUGACUCUGAGUAACUGCUGAUGCCCUGCAGUUUUGUUGCAUUUUCAGAUUAGCCAUCACCUGAGACUUUUCACAAGCUACACACCAUUUGACACUUUUCUGUGUGCACUGUUUGUAUUUCUGUAAAUAGUCAUAGAAGAGCGGAAUGAUUUGGGUAGCGGAGUAAAAACUUCCCUGAACAUUCUGGAGAGCUCUUCUGUUAUGGUGAAUGAAGUGAUUCCUGCAAGCCUGUACCAUCUCUACAUCUCUGAGUGAUCUGAAUUUUCAUCUGAUGAGCAUCAUGACUGACUCAAACCACACCGCAUCCUGCUACGCCAACACCAGCACUCCAUAUAGUUAUUCUCCUGGCAUUAACAAAGUUGACUACUCAGCUACCUUCAGCACUUUGGGUCUCGUCUCUAAUCUAAUUGCCUUUAUUGUCCUCAUCAAAUCCUUCAAGCAGACAAAAAAUCAUUCGCGCUCUUUCUUCCUCAUCUUCCUGGGUGGUCUUGUAGUCACUGACUUCAUGGGUCUGCUGGUCACUGGCUCCUUCGUGAUUUCGUUUUACGUUACACGUGUUGACUGGAGCAAGUCGGACCCUGCCUGCCACUUUUGCAACUUCAUGGGUAUGUCCAUGGUGUUCUAUGGAUUGUCCCCUCUGCUACUUGGUGCCACCAUGGCCACCCAGCGCUUUAUUGGCAUCAACCAUCCAUUUGCAAGUUCCUCCAAAAUGACCAAGAGAAGGACUACUUCCAUGAUGCUGAUGGUGUGGUUUGUCGCUGGAAGCAUAUCGUUGCUGCCACUAGCAGGCUUUGGUAGCUACCACAUUCAGACUCCUGGAUCCUGGUGUUUCCUCAACAUGACCCCCAAGACAAGUGACUGGGGUUUCGCUCUGCUUUUCUCCCUGGUUGGACUGAUCAGCAUUGCAACGUCAAUUUUGCUGAACACUGUGAGUGUGGUGACCCUGCUCAAGGUUUACUGUGGAGCAGAGAGGAGACAGCGUAGCAGAGACCAUGAGGCAGAAAUGAUGCUGCAGCUUAUACUAAUCAUGACUAUUGCGACGGUUUGCUGGUGCCCCUUGCUGAUAUAUAUUCUGAUGCGUUCACUGACUCUCCCUGCAAGUGAUGGCAUGCUUUUGUUCUUCAUUCGAAUUGCCACAUGGAAUCAGAUACUUGACCCCUGGAUUUACAUCAUGAUAAAAGUGUGCAAAUUAAGGCGAGUAACAAAUUGCAUUUAUCAAAAAUGUCAUGGCACAGCUUAAACAGUCACUGUUCACUCCCUCAUGUCCUAACUGUGAGCUAUAGCAUGCCUGUUACACCAGCAUGUCGGUGCCAUUUGUAAUUAAAACCCAUGGAUGUACAUUUGCACAGUGCUGUGAUAAUAAUCCCAAACCACCAUCCAUGUCACUAUCAUGUAACUCACAACAUGUUAUAGUCUCAUCAUCUCAUGUCCCAUCAUAAUUUUAUUGCAGUUGACUCUCCAUUCUGUCCCACUCAGAUAAAGGUGCAGUAUGUAACUUUUAUAAACAGCGUGUUUUUUUUUAUUAAUGUUUUUACAUAUUUGUUAAAACUAUGUCCUGACAAUAUAAUAUGAAAUAAACAAUCUGAAAAUUUUUUUAACUUCUCUGGCUUUGGGCACAAAAUGCUCUUUUAUAGGUUGCAUAACAUGCUUUUAGUUUUAAUGAAUUAAAUUAGCUUUAUUAGGUCAUCAUCAUCAGGGGGCUGCACAGUGGUGCAGUUGGCAGCACUGUUGCCUUGCAGCAAGAAAGUCCUGGGCUCAAUUCCCAGCCCGGGGUCUUUCUGCAUGGAGUUUGCAUGUUCUCCCUGUUAUUCCUACCCCACAGGGAACAUGACACAGUUAGCAUGUAACUCACAUAUAAUUAUUUUUCAGGAUUUGAGUGUAUUUGUAAUAUUAACCAAUUGCAUCUUUUUUCCUUUUUUUCAACUUUUCCAACUCUUACUCAUUUUUAAUUUUUAUUCUUUAUUUUUUGUCUUAAUCUCUUCUAAUUAAUCUUAUUUUCUUUCAUCCAUCUGUUGACCUUUCUUUUCAAUGUUAUACCCAACCAACUAUUCUACAACUUUUAGGUCUUCAUUGCCCAGACAGCUUUUGCCAGAACUGGUUUUGAAGUGAAAUAUCUGCUUCUCUGUAUACGCUUUGCAACCUGGAACCAAAUCCUAGAUCCAUGGGUAUACAUCCUGUUUCG